GGCUCUUCUCUGCGCCUCUGAAACCGGAAGUAGUUAACUGGUCCGUCAAGGCCGAGAUCACCGCUAACAGCGCGAGCAGCAGCACGAAGAUGGCUCACAGGCUGCUAGUACGUAGAAUCUGGACGUCCUCUGUCAAAGAUAUCCGCUGCCUCCCAGCAUCCACUGCCGCCUCCUUGUCUUCUUUUUCCGCCUCCCUGCAGUCCGCCAAAACCAGGGUCUCCCUCCUCUCUCCCUCGCGCACCCUGCCUCGCUCCCUCCCUCACGUCUCCCGCCGCGGCGUCUCCUUCAACGUUCAGGACCACGAUGACUUCACAGACAGGGUCAUCAACAGCCAGCUGCCCGUGCUGGUUGACUUCCACGCAAAUUGGUGUGGUCCCUGUAAGGUCCUCGGGCCGAGGUUGGAGAAGGCCGUUGCGAAACAGAAAGGCCGUGUUGCCAUGGCGAAAGUUGACAUAGACGAUCACACAGACCUGGCCAUCGAAUACGGGGUGUCUGCCGUUCCCACAGUAAUCGCCAUCCGGGGAGGUGACGUCGUCGACCAUUUCGUGGGGAUCAAAGAUGAUGAUGAGCUGGACUCAUUUGUCAGCAAGAUCAUUGGACAGUGAACCAGCCGUCCCCGCCCUGACACUCGCCGCCGUCACGGUGCUGUUUUUGUACGGUCUCUGGCCGCCACUUGAGCCAGUUUAGCAACA